AUGGAGCACAUCACGCAAAAAGUGGACGAAUGGAUCAUACGCGAUAAGGAAGCUAUCACUAGACUAGUCUCUGCCUUUGUCCAAUGUCAGACACCGAGUCCACCUGGCGACACUCGAGAGGCGAUGAUUUUGGUGGAGAAGUUUCUCUCCGCUAGGGACCUCUUCUCUAAGAGAGUUACAGCUGAGGAGUCAAUGCCGAAUAUCCUUUCUACGAUCCCUAUGGCAACAGAGGGACGGCACUUGAUGCUGAGCGGACAUCUGGAUGUCUUGCCGGCUGGAGAUGAACCGGGAUGGCAUGAUGACCCGUGGAGUGGCAAAAUUGCUGACGGUCGUGUCUGGGGCCGAGGCACCAGUGAUAUGAAGGCCGGUGUUACCGUCAUUCUCUUUGCAUAUUACUAUCUGUUUGAGUUAAGACAGUACCUAUCUGGAAGAUUAUCCCUCGCCCUCGCAUCAGACGAGGAGACUGGUAUGGGUCGCGGGACUGGACAUAUGUUCACUCAAAUUCCGAGCGAGAUGGAAGCUGACUGUGUUCUGUCCCCCGAGCCAAGUGGCACGGAGGCUAUUGCAUUCUCCUCCAAGGGCUACCUACAGUUCAAUGUCAGCAUUGCGACCCGCGGUGCCAUCUCUGGUUAUCCCAACCACAGCCCCAGUGCUAUCCGUAUCGCUACCGACAUCAUUCACGAUCUGGACGAACUGGAGAAUAUUCCUGUUGAAGUCCCCCCUUCAAUUAAGGUGCUACUCGAAGAUGCGCAGUAUCGAGCAUGGUACGAUGGAAUGUACGGAGAAGGAAGCGCGGCAGUGAUUUCCCUUAUUUCAGUGAAUGUUGGCACUAUCGCAGGCGGCAACUCUCCAUCUGUUAUUUCGCCUGAUUGUUUCUUUGAAGUCACUGUUGUCAUACCUACUGGUAUGGAUCCAGAGGUGGUCUUUAAGAAGGCCCAAGCUAUAGUCGGGCGAUAUCCAGAAGCUUGUAUUGAGUUGGAAGGGGCCGAUACAGGGGACAUAUCAACCACGGAUCACGAGAUGCCAGUCAUCCUCCAGAAUAUUGUCACGCAGCUUGGUUGGCCUAAGCCUAAGCUUACUCCUGACAUUGCGAUUUCUGAUCUCCGGUAUUGGAGAUAUCGUGGGAUCCCAGGGUUCUGGUAUGGGCCUAACGGUGACAAUGUAAGCGCGGCCAACGAAUACGUGGAUAUUGAACAGGUGCUGCACCUUGUUCGUACUUACGUGCUGGCUUCGGCGCAGUAUCUACAAAAACACAACCCUUCCUAA